AGGCGGCGGCCGCGCAUGCCCGUGGCGGACCGUGCCCCCCGCCCGGGCUCAGGGGCUCCGCGCAGCCGUCGCGGUGCGAAGCAGCCGCCGCCGCCGCCACCUGCUGCUGCUCCGCGGCUCCGCCCCGGGCCCGGCUGCGGCUCUGCCCGCGGCACGGCCCUGUCCGUGGUGCUGCUGCUGCUGCUGCUGCUGCUGCCGCCGCCCGCAUCCUGUUGCGCCGGGGCCACGGCUGGGAGCGGAGGAGCAGCGGCUUCCGAGGGAGCCUCUGCCCUGAUGGGAACAAUGGCUGCGCUGGCCAGGCUGCUCUGGGCGUCCUCGGUCGUGUUGGUGGUCUGGGCUGGUUUUUGUUCUGCAGUAUGUGUUGAAGUUCCAUCAGAGACAGAGGCAGUCCAAGGAACACACAUGAAGCUGCUCUGCAUCUCCUGCAUGAAGAGGGAAGAGGUCACAGCCAGCACGGUGGUGGAAUGGUUCUACAGGCCGGAGGGUGGAAAGGAUGAACCUAUCUACGAGUACAGGAAAACCAACCAUGAGUUUCCAAGCCGCUUCAGUGGCCGGUUGCAGUGGAAUGGGAGUAAAGACAUGCAGGACGUCUCCAUCACUGUGCUAAAUGUGACCUUGAAUGAUUCGGGUAUCUACACCUGUAACAUCACCCGGGAGUUUGAGUUUGAGAUUCACCGGCCUCUCUUCACAAGCUCCAGACUGAUCCACCUCACCGUGGUGGAGGAGGCUGGAGAAGACUUCACCUCGGUCAUCUCUGAAAUUAUGAUGUAUAUUCUGCUGGUCUUCCUGACCCUGUGGCUGCUGAUAGAGAUGGUCUAUUGCUACAGGAAAGUCUCCAAGGCAGAGGAAGCUGCCCAAGAAAAUGCGACAGACUAUCUUGCGAUUCCAUCAGAAAACAAGGAAAACUGUGCCGUGCCUGUGGAGGAAUAGCAGAGAGGAGUCAGCGAAAUGAACGGCACCAAGGUCAAAUGACUCGUGCUCCAGGAGGAUUUCUCUCCCUUGCAGGGGCUCUGAAGACAGAAGGACCGCAUCAUGCCAGCCAGGUUUGAGGGGGAGCUCUGCGCCGUCGGGAGGAGAUACGGGGAAGUGUACAUUCUCUUCCAUUUGCCUUGGACUCUGUACAGCCUUGACUUUGGCCUCAUGACUCCAUUCUGAGCUGCCAGCCCAUUUGCUAAAGGACUCUUCUUUUGAAGCAUGCUGAGCAAAGGGCACAGGGGUGUGGGCAGCACGGCUCCUUCCCAAGUUUCUGUUCCAUCAUCACGUUAAUGGCUUUGUAAAUGUCAAGUGUCAUUUCUUAGCUGCUGUCACCACCACCUUUAUUUGCUGACUAUGCUAGUUCUCCAUUGCAGAGAUAAAGGGUAUGUAUGUCAUGAUACUCUGACCCAUAAGACUGGGAAUGAGGUCAUCUUAGGGUGAUGUUCCACCAUGUCUUACAGCCCAAGUAGUCUUAUUGGUGUUAAAACAGGAAGAAUUUAAUUAAGUAGUUGUUGCUUGGCAAGUUGCUCUGGACUUCGGGCUGCCCUUGCACAGGCAGGGUAGGUUGAGGAUUGUGAUGGUGUAAGAAUGAGUCCCCCUGUGCCCUGUUCAUGCUUGCUCUUGGAGGAGGGAACUGAGACUGUAGAUCCUGAAGUACCCCUGCUUCAGGAAGCAGUACUACGUAAGUAUAAGAAUCCCCUGUAUCCCCCCCUUUUCAUUUAGCAAGCAUCAAAAGUCUUAGUUCUUUCCUUUUGCCUUGCAUAGCAGGUUUAUUCCUCAAGUGCACAGAGACACAGGGAUAGGAAUAACCUGCGGAGCCACGUUCUGCAACAACAGGCAAGUAGGCAAAGUCAAUAGGAUGCACAGCCCUCACAGGAAAGCUUUGUAAAAUGGUAGUGCUGUUAGUAACUGAUGGUCUCCUUAUUCUAUAGUGCAGCACCACCUAGAGGAAUAGGCAUCACAUGCUGAUUUUUUCCUAGUUAAUAGUAUUUCUUGCUUGUGACAGCCACUGGUUUGAGUAGUUGGCAUUCAUUGUAAGUGAUCCACUGCUGCACGGGAUUCCCACUGUAUGUUCAAUGUUUCCCAUGCAACCUUACCUUUUUAGUUGUAGCCGCUGUUUCUGGCCUCAGGUGUAAUCGGUCAAGCUCAACAACUAGGAUUAAAAAGAAGGAAUAAGGCAGAAACUGGCCAGGGUGGAAUUGUACCUUAAGACCAAAUGGGGAAGGUUUAUUUUUGCAUCUAGCAGACGUUGUUACAUCCCUGCUGCAAUGGAGCCUCUACUGCUUGCAAGAGUUGACAAAUUCUGCUACACUGACCGCUUCUAAAUAGUUCCCAAGUGCUUGUGAAUCCAGGCAUGCUUCCCACGUAUGGAAUUUCCCCUGCUUUGUUCUGCUGCUUUUUGUGUGUUGCUGAAAUCACAGAAAUUACUCCGUUUGUAAGUCAGGCCCGGGCCAGAUUUCCAACUGGCAGGCAUUCAAAAUUCCUUUUUUGGAAUGGGUGUUACCUUGAGUAAACCACCACAGCACAGCUUCCGCCGUAGGAUCGCUCUCGAGUCCAGAGCCGAGCCUGGCAACGUGAGCCCGUUAUUCCAGACACUUGCAGUCUGGAAACGCACUUGCUCCUUCGAACCGAGUAGCCUAAAGGGG